GGGUUUAAUUUGCAAAUAAUACUUGACCCAAAGUGAUAAUGGGACUGGCCAAUGGGAAAGUGCCACAUCGGAUGAGUCACAAAAAGGAGUCGGCAAAGUGAGUAAGUGCAAAAGUCGUGAGAAAUAUGAAAUGGAGUCGGUUUUCGAGUCAUGUUUUCUUCUUGUUCGGUGGACGCCGCGUUCAUUGUCUCGCUUCGUCGUUCGCGGAAAAAAAGAUCGCUUCGCCGAAAAGCAAAAAGAAAACCAAUUCCAUCGAAGUUCUUCAGAGACUCCGAAGAUCGAAAUCUCUCCUCGUUCUCCUUCCCAAUCAUUCCUUGAUCACUUGGAGAGAAGAAUUUCUCACUUUCUUAGAUUGAUUGGAGUUGUAUCUAGAAGAAGAUUUUUAGUGUUCUUGGAUUUGGAAGUUGGACUGAAUGGCGACUGCGACUAUGGCGACUGCAGCAGGGGCAGCUGCCCUUCUUUACUACACACUGAAUCAGAAACUUAAGGCUGCUCAGUGUGAAGAAGGAGAAGAUGGUGAAAACAGCAGGGAGCCAUUGAAUCCCUCUUCUUCAGGAAGGAACCAGGUCUCUCGGAGGCCUGCACAGGCCCCUGCAACAUGGUUGGAGACCAUAUCAACCUUAUCUGAGACUUUAAGGUUUACAUACUCAGAGACUCUAGGGAAAUGGCCAAUUGGAGAUCUGGCUUUUGGCAUCAGCUUUCUCUUGAAGAGGCAGGGGAACCUACAUGUGGCAAGUAUCUAUGCUGGAGAAGAGAGUGUACAACUUAGAGGAGGACAGAUUACUGCCGAACUCAAGUACCUGUUGAAUUUGCUGACCCUUUGUUGGCAUUUUUCGAAAAAACCAUUUCCUUUAUUUUUGGAGGCAACUGGGUAUUCUGAAGAAGAUGUUAUUCUUCAAGAACCUAAAGCAGGAAUCUUGAAGCCAGCAUUUACAAUUAUAGCUGAUAAAAACACAAACUGUAUUCUGCUUCUGAUCAGAGGAACUCAUAGCAUCAGGGAUACACUAACAGCUGCAACUGGUGCAGUUGUGCCAUUCCAUCAUACUGUUAUAAAAGAAGGUGGCGUCAGUGAUUUAGUUCUUGGUUAUGCACACUGUGGAAUGGUUGCAGCUGCACGUUGGAUUGCAAAGCUGGCAACUCCUUGUCUCACAAAAGCAUUGCAUGACUAUCCAGAUUACAAACUAAAGAUAGUGGGGCACUCUCUUGGUGGAGGUACAGCAGCACUUUUGACUUACGUUUUGCGGGAACAAAAGAGUUUCUCCACCACCACUUGUGUAACAUUUGCUCCAGCUGCCUGUAUGACAUGGGAGUUGGCAGAGUCAGGUGUGGACUUUAUCACCUCAGUAAUUAACGGAGCUGAUCUUGUGCCUACCUUUUCUGCGGCUUCUGUAGAUGAUCUACGUGCUGAGGUAACAGCAUCAGCAUGGCUGAAUGAUCUGCGUAAUCAAAUUGAGCAAACAAGAAUCCUUAGCACGGUGUAUCGUUCUGCAUCUGCACUAGGAUCUCGUCUCCCAUCCAUAGCCAGUGCUAGAGCCAGGGUUGCUGGUGCUGGUGCAAUCCUCCGCCCGGUAUCCACUGGAACUCAGGUCGUGAUGAAGCGAGCUCGGAAUGUGGCACAGGCUGCAUGGACCCGUCAACCAUUACGGUUAUCCUCUUGGUCGUGUAUUGGACCUCGUCGUCGGACUAACAAAGGUUCCAUUGUAGAAUCAAGCACAAUAUCCAUUGGCUCAACAAUAACCAGUUCUGAACCUCUCCGAACAGCAACUGAAACCAUUACAUUGGAAACAACAGAGGUAGUCACAUCCGAGGGUAAAGGCUGGACUUCUGAGAUGGAAGCCCAGUGUUCGGCAAAUGGUGGUGGGAAUGGUCCUACUCACCGGGAUGAUGAAGAUGAUGUCAGCGAGGGUGAGGAUCUUGUGGGUCAUGGAAGGACUGAGGAUAGCAUGACAGAGGUAGAACUAUGGCAACAGCUUGAGAAUGAGUUGUACAGACCACCGGCAACUGAAGAAGAAGCUGACAUUGCCAAGGAAAUAAGGGAAGAGGAGGAUGCAGCGGCAGCGGAGGUGGCUGAGAGCACAUCGGAGAGCCUCCUUCCCGGUCCCACAUCAGAGAUGAGGAGAUUUUACCCACCCGGCAAGAUUAUGCACAUUGUGAACAUACUCCCCGACGAGCCAGUACACGAAGAUGAUGACGAUAAGGAUAGCGGCAGUGAUGAGGAAGAUCACUGUAUUGAACCAGAGAAGCCGAAGAUUGGGAUUUUCUCAACUCCGAGGUCGUUGUAUGGCAAACUGAGACUAUCGCAAAUGAUGAUCAAUGACCAUUACAUGCCUAUUUACAGGAGAAAUAUUGAGCAAUUGAUAGCUGAACUUGAGAUGGAUGAUUCAGUGAAUGAAACAAGUCAAACAACUGGUUCUUUGUGAUUGUUAAAGUGGUAAAGUUCUGCAGGUAACUCAGUUGAUAAACUAACCCUCAUUUAGAGCAAAACAUAGUGCACUGAUCUCAUUUUAGAAUUUUUUUUUUGUGUAGUGCUCUAACCCAACAUAAGAUUUUUGCUGAGCAAUCU